AUAAUUUGAGUAUAAGUACUUCACGAAACGCUUACAGGGUCUCUUUUAUCUCUGCAAAGUCCAACUUGUUAACUCAGUUAGCUUGCUGGCGAAGUUCACUGGAAGGGACUGCAGACAUGAAAAAAAAUGCAACUCCUGGAACUGCAGACCAGAAUGGAUGGGAAAAUACAGACUGUAGCUAACAACUGCAACUGCAGACCAGAAUGGAUGGGAAAAGUACAUCUUGUUGCUAACUAUAUGCAGACCAGAAAUGGAAUCCUCUACACCAGAACAUGGCUUCCUGUAACUUCAGACCAGACAUGGAUGGGAAAAAUACAGACUGUAGCUAACAACUGUAACUGCAGACCAGAAUGGAUGGGAAAAGUACAUCUUGUUGCUAACUAUAUGCAGACCAGAAAUGGAAUCCUCUACACCAGAACAUGGCUUCCUGUAACUUCAGACAAGACAUGGAUGGGAAAAAUACAGACUGUAGCUAACAACUAUAUGCAGACCAGAAAUGGAAUCCUCUACACCAGAACAUGGCUUCCUGUAACUAAAGACCAGACAUGGAUGGGAAAAGUACAUCUUGUUGCUAACUAUAUGCAGACCAGAAAUGGAAUCCUCUACACCAGAACAUGGCUUCCUGUAACUUCAGACCAGACAUGGAUGGGAAAAAUACAGACUGUAGCUAACAACUGUAACUGCAGACCAGAAUGGAUGGGAAAAGUACAUCUUGUUGCUAACUGUAACUGCAGACCAGAAUGGAUGGGAAAAGUACAUCUUGUUGCUAACUAUAUGCAGACCAGAAAUGGAAUCCUCUACACCAGAACAUGGCUUCCUGUAACUAAAGACCAGACAUGGAUGGGAAAAGUACAUCUUGUUGCUAACUAUAUGCAGACCAGAAAUGGAAUCCUCUACACCAGAACAUGGCUUCCUGUAACUAAAGACCAGACAUGGAUGGGAAAAGUACAUCUUGUUGCUAACUGUAACUGCAGACCAGAAUGGAUGGGAAAAGUACAUCUUGUUGCUAACUGGAACUGCAGACCAGAAUGGAUGGGAAAAGUACAUCUUGUUACUAACUAUAUGCAGACCAGAAAUGGAAUCCUCUACACCAGAACAUGGCUUCCUGUAACUGCAGACCAGAAUGGAUGGGAAAAGUACAUCUUGUUGCUAACUGUAACUGCAGACCAGAAUGGAUGGGAAAAGUACAUCUUGUUACUAACUGUAACUGCAGACCAGAAUGGAUGGGAAAAGUACAUCUUGUUGCUAACUGUAACUAAAGACCAGACAUGGAUGGGAAAAGUACAUCUUGUUGCUAACUAUAUGCAGACCAGAAAUGGAAUCCUCUACACCAGAACAUGGCUUCCUGUAACUAAAGACCAGACAUGGAUGGGAAAAGUACAUCUUGUUGCUAACUGUAACUGCAGACCAGAAUGGAUGGGAAAAGUACAUCUUGUUGCUAACUAUAUGCAGACCAGAAAUGGAAUCCUCUACACCAGAACAUGGCUUCCUGGAACUGCAGACCAGAAUGGAUGGGAAAAGUACAUCUUGUUACUAACUGUAACUGCAGACCAGAAUGGAUGGGAAAAGUACAUCUUGUUGCUAACUGUAACUGCAGACCAGAAUGGAUGGGAAAAGUACAUCUUGUUGCUAACUGUAACUUCAGACCAGACAUGGAUGGGAAAAAUACAGACUGUUGCUAACAACUGUAACUGCAGACCAGAAUGGAUGGGAAAAGUACAUCUUGUUGCUAACUAUAUGCAGACCAGAAAUGGAAUCCUCUACACCAGAACAUGGCUUCCUGUAACUUCAGACCAGACAUGGAUGGGAAAAAUACAGACUGUAGCUAACAACUGUAACUGCAGACCAGAAUGGAUGGGAAAAGUACAUCUUGUUGCUAACUGGAACUGCAGACCAGAAUGGAUGGGAAAAGUACAUCUUGUUACUAACUAUAUGCAGACCAGAAAUGGAAUCCUCUACACCAGAACAUGGCUUCCUGUAACUGCAGACCAGAAUGGAUGGGAAAAGUACAUCUUGUUGCUAACUGUAACUUCAGACCAGACAUGGAUGGGAAAAAUACAGACUGUAGCUAACAACUAUAUGCAGACCAGAAAUGGAAUCCUCUACACCAGAACAUGGCUUCCUGUAACUACAGACCAGAAUGGAUGGGAAAAGUACAUCUUGUUGCUAACUGUAACUAAAGACCAGACAUGGAUGGGAAAAGUACAUCUUGUUGCUAACUAUAUGCAGACCAGAAAUGGAAUCCUCUACACCAGAACAUGGCUUCCUGUAACUGCAGACCAGAAUGGAUGGGAAAAGUACAUCUUGUUGCUAACUGUAACUUCAGACCAGACAUGGAUGGGAAAAAUACAGACUGUAGCUAACAACUAUAUGCAGACCAGAAAUGGAAUCCUCUACACCAGAACAUGGCUUCCUGGAACUGCAGACCAGAAUGGAUGGGAAAAGUACAUCUUGUUGCUAACUGUAACUUCAGACCAGACAUGGAUGGGAAAAAUACAGACUGUAGCUAACAACUGUAACUGCAGACCAGAAUGGAUGGGAAAAGUACAUCUUGUUGCUAACUGGAACUGCAGACCAGAAUGGAUGGGAAAAGUACAUCUUGUUACUAACUAUAUGCAGACCAGAAAUGGAAUCCUCUACACCAGAACAUGGCUUCCUGUAACUUCAGACCAGACAUGGAUGGGAAAAGUACAGACUGUAGCUAACAACUAUAUGCAGACCAGAAAUGGAAUCCUCUACACCAGAACAUGGCUUCCUGGAACUGCAGACCAGAAUGGAUGGGAAAAGUACAUCUUGUUGCUAACUGUAACUUCAGACCAGACAUGGAUGGGAAAAAUACAGACUGUAGCUAACAACUAUAUGCAGACCAGAAAUGGAAUCCUCUACACCAGAACAUGGCUUCCUGUAACUAAAGACCAGACAUGGAUGGGAAAAGUACAUCUUGUUGCUAACUAUAUGCAGACCAGAAAUGGAAUCCUCUACACCAGAACAUGGCUUCCUGUAACUAAAGACCAGACAUGGAUGGGAAAAGUACAUCUUGUUGCUAACUAUAUGCAGACCAGAAAUGGAAUCCUCUACACCAGAACAUGGCUUCCUGGAACUGCAGACCAGAAUGGAUGGGAAAAGUACAUCUUGUUGCUAACUGUAACUUCAGACAAGACAUGGAUGGGAAAAAUACAGACUGUAGCUAACAACUAUAUGCAGACCAGAAAUGGAAUCCUCUACACCAGAACAUGGCUUCCUGCAACUGCAGACCAGAAUGGAUGGGAAAAGUACAUCUUGUUGCUAACUGUAACUUCAGACAAGACAUGGAUGGGAAAAAUACAGACUGUAGCUAACAACUAUAUGCAGACCAGAAAUGGAAUCCUCUACACCAGAACAUGGCUUCCUGGAACUGCAGACCAGAAUGGAUGGGAAAAGUACAUCUUGUUGCUAACUGUAACUUCAGACAAGACAUGGAUGGGAAAAAUACAGACUGUAGCUAACAACUGCAACUGCAGACCAGAAUGGAUGGGAAAAGUACAUCUUGUUGCUAACUAUAUGCAGACCAGAAAUGGAAUCCUCUACACCAGAACAUGGCUUCCUGGAACUGCAGACCAGAAUGGAUGGGAAAAGUACAUCUUGUUGCUAACUGUAACUUCAGACAAGACAUGGAUGGGAAAAAUACAGACUGUAGCUAACAACUAUAUGCAGACCAGAAAUGGAAUCCUCUACACCAGAACAUGGCUUCCUGCAACUGCAGACCAGAAUGGAUGGGAAAAGUACAUCUUGUUGCUAACUGUAACUUCAGACCAGACAUGGAUGGGAAAAAUACAGACUGUAGCUAACAACUAUAUGCAGACCAGAAAUGGAAUCCUCUACACCAGAACAUGGCUUCCUGGAACUGCAGACCAGAAUGGAUGGGAAAAGUACAUCUUGUUGCUAACUGUAACUUCAGACAAGACAUGGAUGGGAAAAAUACAGACUGUAGCUAACAACUAUAUGCAGACCAGAAAUGGAAUCCUCUACACCAGAACAUGGCUUCCUGCAACUGCAGACCAGAAUGGAUGGGAAAAGUACAUCUUGUUGCUAACUGCAACUGCAGACCAGAAUGGAUGGGAAAAGUACAUCUUGUUGCUAACUGUAACUUCAGACAAGACAUGGAUGGGAAAAAUACAGACUGUAGCUAACAACUAUAUGCAGACCAGAAAUGGAAUCCUCUACACCAGAACAUGGCUUCCUGGAACUGCAGACCAGAAUGGAUGGGAAAAGUACAUCUUGUUGCUAACUGUAACUUCAGACAAGACAUGGAUGGGAAAAAUACAGACUGUAGCUAACAACUGGAACUGCAGACCAGAAUGGAUGGGAAAAGUACAUCUUGUUACUAACUAUAUGCAGACCAGAAAUGGAAUCCUCUACACCAGAACAUGGCUUCCUGUAACUAAAGACCAGACAUGGAUGGGAAAAGUACAUCUUGUUGCUAACUAUAUGCAGACCAGAAAUGGAAUCCUCUACACCAGAACAUGGCUUCCUGUAACUUCAGACCAGACAUGGAUGGGAAAAAUACAGACUGUAGCUAACAACUGCAACUGCAGACCAGAAUGGAUGGGAAAAGUACAUCUUGUUGCUAACUAUAUGCAGACCAGAAAUGGAAUCCUCUACACCAGAACAUGGCUUCCUGUGACUUCAGACAAGACAUGGAUGGGAAAAGUACAUCUUGUUGCUAACUGCAACUGCAGACCAGAAUGGAUGGGAAAAGUACAUCUUGUUGCUAACUGCAACUGCAGACCAGAAUGGAUGGGAAAAGUACAUCUUGUUGCUAACUAUAUGCAGACCAGAAAUGGAAUCCUCUACACCAGAACAUGGCUUCCUGCAACUGCAGACCAGAAUGGAUGGGAAAAGUACAUCUUGUUGCUAACUGUAACUUCAGACCAGACAUGGAUGGGAAAAGUACAGACUGUAGCUAACAACUGUAACUUCAGACCAGACAUGGAUGGGAAAAAUACAGACUGUAGCUAACAACUAAGUAUCUUCUAGGGCACUGCUAGUCGUGACUAUAUCCUUCCAAAUUGUCUCGUUGACUAGCAACGCCUGAGCUUCAGAGGUUGGGGGACAGCAGACCAGAAAAGGACACAGUGUUACACUUGUAAGAAUGCAUUUUGUGAAGUUGUUGCAAGAUUGUAUUUAGGAUGACACUAUCCCGAACAUGAUUGACAACACUGUCAGACCUGACUUCUGAAAUGCAAUUUGCAACCAAAUGUGUUAACAGGAUUUUGGGGAGAAUAGCUUUAUAAAGGUUGUAACAAGGUGUUUUCUUUCAUUUUUUAAAUUCCUAGUGACUGUCUUCGCAAGGGUCAUUGUGAUCUUUAUCAUACAAUGGAGCUGGCCAUCACUAGCAAUGUGGAGAACGCAUUAUUGCCUUUUCAUUUACAAAGCUCUAAAUUAGAACUGUGCUAUCCUAGGACAAAGUUUGUUAUAUUGACUGUAUUGAUUUGUGCAGUAACUGGAUGUUUGAAUUUAAUAAAGAUCAUUUAAAUGCA